CAUACACAUGGAAUAAGAAACCGUUAGUCGCGAAACUCUCCCUUCGUCUCCCUCAUCUCCAUUUCCCUUCGUCUUCUCCGCUGAUCUCCUCCUCCUCCUCUUCUUCCUCUUCUCCGUCUUCUUCUGCUGCUGCGUGCCAGUGUAAGGUUCACCGCCGCGCGAUCUCCGUCCCGAUUCGUUCCACCUGCUUUGGAUUAGCCGAGCUUGCUGUUUGGGCACGGGAGCGCCGCCACUAGCAGUCGCGAUGGUUUCGUUCGAAAUGAAUGACCGCAAAAAAAUCGGGCUAGGCUUGACUGGAUUUGGUAUCUUCUUCUCAUUUCUGGGAAUCGUCUUCUUUUUUGACAAGGGACUGCUUGCUAUGGGAAAUAUUCUCUUCCUCUCAGGAGUCUCUUUGACUAUAGGACCGAAGUCGACCCUGCAGUUCUUUAUGAAAAGGCAAAACUUCAAGGGAACAAUCUCGUUUGGUGUCGGCUUCUUCUUUGUUAUCAUAGGAUGGCCCAUUCUUGGCAUGAUUCUGGAAUCAUAUGGUUUUAUUGUUCUUUUCAGUGGUUUCUGGCCAACUCUAGCAGUUUUUCUACAAAGGAUACCUAUCCUUGGUUGGUUGAUUCAGCAGCCAUACAUUAGAUCGUUCUUUGAUCGUUACCGAGGGAAACGUGUGCCCGUAUAGUUCUGAACUUGCAGAGCGGGUGAUACUUCUGGUUUUUGUGUCCGCAUUAAGCCCCAUGUAACAUAUGGAUUUGUGGAGACAAAUUUUUUGUGCCUCUCUCGUUGGAAACGGCAAUUGAUAAAAAUGUGUCGUGACUCUUGUGAUAUGCCUUUUGCUAAUAUGAGAGGAGGAAGAAGGAAAGGUUACGUGAUGUGGCGGGAUUUGUAGUCUCUUUCCUUCGUUUGGUGGCGAUGGUCGAUCAUCAUUGACAGCAUCCCUUGGGCUUCUUUUCCCAGAUAAAAGCGAACAUUAGAUUUGUUGCAAAAAGAUGUAACCUAGCCUUUUGCAUAGCACUGUCCAUAUACCAAAGUAAAGCUUUUCCUCGGUUUUUCCCCUUUCCAACAUUCAA